AUGGACCACUCCCACAUGGAUCACUCCCACAUGGACCACUCCGCCAUGGAUCACGGCAACAUGGGCGGAAACGGCAUGGGCGGCGGCAUGGGCGACCGGUGCAGCAUGAACACCCUCACAGAGCUUCGGGAGCUUCCCUCUCCCCGGGGGCUACCCAUCCCGUUCCGUCUCCCUCGCUGCCCGCUUCCCCGAACAUCGAGAACACCGGCUAACCCCGAUCCCUCUCUCCAGAUGCUCUUCACCUGGGAUACCAAGAACCUUUGCAUCGUCUUCCGUCAGUGGCACGUCCGCUCUACGUCCGGCCUCGUCAUUUCCCUCCUCCUUGUCGUUGCCCUCGCCGCCGGCUACGAGGCUCUCCGCGCCGCCUCCCGCCGCUACGAGAACUCCGUGAACAAGCGCAUCGAAUCCCUCCCCAGACGCGAACAGGCCGAGGCCAGCAAGAGCGCUCACCUCCUCAAGGCUGCCCUCUACGCCGCACAAAACUUCUACGCCUUCAUGCUCAUGCUCGUCUUCAUGACAUACAACGGCUGGGUCAUGGUCGCCGUUGCGGUCGGCGCGUUUGUGGGCUACGCCUUGUUCGGAAGCACGACCUCGUCGACAAAAGACAACGCCUGUCAUUGA